AGUCAAAUAGCAGCUUCUUAUGCACGCAAAACGGGACCGCGCCCCACGUCGAAAUUCAAAUAAAUUGUCGACGGGAUUAAAAACGAAGCAAGACUGAACAGGCCGAAAUUACUUUCAGUGUCGUCUCAAGAUUCACGAUGGCAACUCCAAGUCUCUACCGAAGAGCCCUCCCUUCUCCCCCCGCAAUCGAGUUUGCUUCUCCCGAAGGAAAGAAAAUUUUUGUGGAAGCUCUCGCACAAGGAACCAUGGAAGGCUUCUUCAAAUUAAUUUCAUACUAUCAAACGCAAUCUGAACCUGCGUACUGUGGACUGGCCACACUUGCAGUCGUCCUUAAUGCACUUGCUAUUGACCCUGGUAGAAAAUGGAAAGGCCCUUGGAGGUGGUUUGACGAUUCCAUGUUGGAUUGUUGUGAGCCUUUGGAUAAGAUUAAAGAGAAAGGCAUUACAUUUGGAAAAGUUGCGUGUUUGGCUCAAUGCAAUGGAGCUAAAGUUGAAGCAUUUAGAACAAAUGAAACGACGAUAGAUGAUUUUCGCAAGAAUGUAAUUUCAUGCAGUGCUUCAGAGGAUUGUCAUGUGAUCGUAUCAUACCACAGAGGAGUGUUUAAGCAGACUGGAACUGGUCAUUUUUCACCACUAGGAGGCUACCACGCGAAAAGAGAUAUGGUCCUCAUCCUGGAUGUUGCACGUUUCAAGUAUCCUCCUCACUGGGUCCCGCUUACCCUUCUCUGGGAGGCCAUGAAUACUGUCGAUAAAGCUACUGGACAUUAUAGGGGGUACAUGGUUAUUUCCAGAUUUAACAGAGCAACAUCAGUACUUUAUACUGUGAGUUGUAGACAUGAAGGUUGGAACAGUGUUGCUAACUACUUAGCUGAAGAAGUCCCUCUCCUUUUGAAGUCAGAGGAUUUACAAGACAUUCAGAAGCUACUUUCUGUUAUAUUCAAGUCUCCUCCUAUUGAAUUGAGAGGGUUUAUCACAUGGAUUGCUGAAGUUCGUAGACAAGAGGAUGGAAAUCUCACCUUGAGCGAAGAAGAGAGAGGAAGGCUUGCUAUCAAGGCAGAGAUAUUGGAACAGAUUCGAGCAACUGCAAUCUUCAAACAUAUAACUAGAUGGUUGAAUUCUGAAAUUUCAUGUUGCAGUCCUUAUGCAAACCUUGAUGAUAAAGUCGUGUUACCUGCAUUUGCUGCAAGUCUUUGUUGCCAAGGGGUGGAUCUUUUGACUGGUUGUGAUGGGGUAGGUUCGUCAGGUGGAAAACGCUGCAGUCAAAUAAAUGUACAACAGUUGCAUGUCGAUUCUGAAAAUCCAGUGGCAUUGGUUUCUGGAACCUUUAAAACUGGCAAUAGUGAACAAGGGGUUGAUGUUUUGGUUCCUCUUUGUCAAACGGGGCCAAAUAGGUUGUGCAUUUCCAAUGAAGGACGCUGCAUUGGAUUGCACCCAUCUACUGCAGAUGUUUUAACAGUGCUUUUACUGGCCUUGCCCUUGCAUACAUGGUCAGGCAUUAAAGAAGAAAAGCUGCGGGUGGAAGUUACAGACCUUGUAACGACUGAAAACCUACCUCCCUUGCUUCAGGAAGAGGCAUUGUUCUUGCGAGGGCAACUCAAAUUUCUCAUGACUGAUAUCAGUGCUUCGCCUUCAUCAUGAUAUUUUGGUGUUGGGUUUGUAACAACUAAUUAUAAUUCCAUUAGAUACUGAUUAGGCCUUUUAGGCAUGCCAUUGAACUUGGGAUCAAUGCAGUUCCUCGGCCUUUCAAGUGUUCCUUCGUCCACCCUUUAUCAUGAAUAACAGGCAGACUCUGCGGGUGGGACACGACAAUAAUUCAUACGCCUCUGAAAAUGGAGGACUCCCUGGUGGUAUUCAAUUAAGCAUUUUUGUUGGCAUCCAUUGUUGGAUUACUAGUUCUCAUCACAGAGAUAGCUUUUUUGCAAAAUUUGACACGAAUUCAUUAUUGUUAUAUGCUCUAUUACUUAAUCUAUAAGUUAAUACAUGAUAUAUACUUCAAAUACUAGAAAAUUCUGACUAGUUGACUGCUCUCCCCUACAACAUUCCGUUUGAA